AUUUCCAAAUUUCCUAAUUUCCAAAGAGGACAACUGACUGACAUCACAGAACAGGAAAAAUGCUUGCUCAGUGAACUCAGCCCCUCUGCUCUCUUUCUUUCUUUCUUUCUUUCUUUCUUUCUUUCUUUCUUUCUUUCUUCUUUUUUAAACGGGUCUCUAAUGUCACCUAUAGGUCUAAUGCAGGAUUAACAUUGGGGAAAGGGGACCUCGGUUUUCUCAUCUGUAAAACCAGGGGUUGGACUACUUUCGUGAUAUUUGUUGGUUCUAGGAUAAUAUGGAAAAGGGCUUUUCUUAACGCCUUGAAUGUUGCCAUAGGCAAUUCAUGAAAACCUGUUUGGUGGCUGCUAUCUUUUAACUUUCUAGAUAAUCUACUCUGACCUACCUCCCAGUUGCUUACUUUUUAGGUCUUUACAACAGUCUCUAAGGACAACAGAAAGAAGGACUUGAGGCUGGUCGCCUUUGCUCCGAAGCAGAACUAGUCCUUGGAGAGUUGGGUGGGUCUUGGUACCGGAGUAGGAAAGUAGCCAUAUUUGUUUCAGGCAAGUGAGGGCAGCAGGAAAGAAGCUGAAGCCUCCUGCGCCAUGACUAGUACUGGCAGAUUUGGUCGGCGACUAGAGUGCCACUUUUCACGACUCUACUUGUGGCUCCCACCACCGUUGCAGUUCAAAUCAGUGCUUCUCUUGAACUCUCCUUUUCUCACUCGCCGAAGUUUGGGAAGGCCAAAGGCGAAAAACAGGACCCGGAAGUAGGGGGAACCUUCUAAGCACGUGAUGGAAGAGGCGCUGGCUCUGACACGUGACCCUCCAACCUGCUACUCUACCUUGCAGAGAGCUCAGCUCCUCUUAAAGCCAACCCCGAACACACGCUGACUCUGGGCCCUUUGGGGGACUCGAACUCGAUGCUAUGGAAAGGUCUGCAGGCUCGUGGAGGCGCCUUGAGGAUUCCGAGAGGGAGGAGACGAACUCAGAGCCCCACGCCCCUCCGGUGGAUGGUCAGAGGGCCCAGUGGAAGAAUGCGGUGGGUUUCUGGAUCCUGGGUCUUUGCAACAAUUUCUCAUACGUUGUGAUGCUGAGCGCUGCUCAUGACAUCCUUAAGCAAGAGCAGGCGUCUGGGAACCAGAGCCACGUGGAGCCAGGCCCAACACCCCUACCUCACAACAGCUCGUCUCGAUUUGAUUGCAACUCCAUCUCCACAGCUGCAGUGCUCCUGGCAGACAUCCUUCCCACCCUCAUCAUCAAACUCCUGGCUCCUCUUGGCCUUCAUUUGCUGCCCUACAGUCCCCGGGUCCUCGUCAGCGGAGUUUGUUCUGCUGGAAGCUUUAUCCUGGUUGCCUUUUCUCACUCAGUGGGGUUAAGCCUGUGUGGAGUGGUUUUGGCCAGUAUCUCCUCAGGUCUAGGAGAGGUCACCUUCCUCUCACUCACCGCCUUCUACCCCAGCGCUGUGAUCUCCUGGUGGUCCUCGGGAACUGGGGGUGCAGGGCUCCUUGGAUCGCUGUCGUACCUAGGACUCACGCAGGCUGGCCUUUCCCCGCAGCACACCCUGCUCUCUAUGUUGGGGAUUCCCAUUCUGCUGCUGGCCAGCUACUUCUUGUUGCUCACAUCUCCUGAAGCCCAGGACCCUGGAGGGGUAGACGAGGCAGAGACUGCUGCCCGGCAGCCACUCAUAGGCACUGAGACCCCAGAGUCAAAUCCAGGUUCCAGCUGGGACCUCUCGUUCCAGGAGCGGUGGACAGUGUUCAAGGGCCUCUUGCGAUAUAUCACCCCCUUGGUGCUGGUUUACUUUGCCGAGUAUUUCAUCAACCAGGGUCUUGUGAGUGAGGGCGACUGGGAAGGGGGUGCGGGAGGAGAAAUAGGGCUGAGGCUCCACCGAUCCCCACUUGUCUGGUCUCUGCUGCAGUUUGAGCUCCUGUAUUUCCGGAACACAUCCCUGAGUCAUGCUGAGCAGUACCGAUGGUACCAGAUGCUCUACCAGGCUGGCGUGUUUGUCUCCCGCUCUUCUCUGAACUGUUGCCGAAUCCGGUUCACCUGGGUCCUAGCCCUGCUGCAGUGCCUCAACCUGGCCUUCCUACUGGCUGAUGUUUGUUUGAGCUUCCUGCCCAGCAUCUACCUCAUCUUCAUCAUUAUUCUGUAUGAAGGGCUCCUGGGUGGGGCCGCCUACGUGAACACCUUCCACAACAUUGCUCUAGAGACCAGUGACAAGCAUCGAGAGUUUGCCAUGGAGGCUGCCUGUAUCUCUGACACCUUGGGAAUCUCCAUGUCAGGGGUCCUGGCCUUGCCUCUGCAUGACUUCCUCUGCCAUCUCCCUUGACAUGGGUUGUUCAGGACUCACUGACCCGCAGACAGAUGAGACACACUUGUGAGCUCUGCUCUAGCCCUUCCCAGCAGGCUGGGGAGUGGGAAGAGCUACAGUCCUGCCCUGCUUCAGCAAGGAGCCCCCAUUGUUUCCCGCCCCUGAGCUGGUCUCUGGGAGUUUCCCUCAGCCUUAUGCCCUUCUAAUAAAUGCUUAUUUUAUCAGUUCA